AUUUUCUUUAAAAAUAUUGAAAUUCAUGCACAUUAAAUAUUGUUGAAAUCAGAACAACUCGAGCGGGCGCCAAGUGAACACUCACGACAUCGAGACGAAACGAAAGAAAAUUAAAUCUCUGGAAAUAUAAUUGUUUUAGUGGAAACAUUAAUAUAUUUUAUAAAUUAAUUAAAACAUUAAAUAAAUUUCUAACGAACAAAAAUGGUUUUCGAAAGUGGAUUUACUACCCGCAGGACCUAUACUAGCAGGCCUGUCGUUAGCUCGUAUGCCGUAUCGUAUCCGGUUGAACAUAAGAUCUCACGUGUGUAUAAAACGACCUACCCAAUAUACUCGUCUUACACAACUCCAAAACGAGUAUAUACUGGAUCACGUGUUUUUACUUCACCUGUUCGAGUUGUAACUUCCCCAGCCCGCGUAGUGACACGCGUUAUACAUGCACCAUCGCCAGUUCGCGUUGUCCGUACAACUACACGGCUUAUAUCUUCACCGGAACGUACAAUCUCAUACACCUACAGAACACCGAAUUUGUAUACCUCCUCAUAUCUGCCAACAACCACUUAUAGCACGUAUUCACCUUCCACUUAUGUGUACUCCACUCCAUCCUAUUACUACUCGCCCAUAUCUCGUGUGUACACAGGAUCCCUGAGUCCACCAAUCAGGAUAACAACUUCUCCAGUGCGUUCUUCAACAUCCUAUCUGAAGAGAACAUUACCAGGAUAUGGCGCUCGUGCUUUAACCAAUUACCUCAGCACUGAACCCUUUGCCACUUUUCAAGAUGAAACGAACCGUAUUCGUCACAGAGCACAGUCACUGAUUCGUGAUAUCCACUCUCCGGUAGUUCGCAGAGCUCGUAGUUGCACACCGUUUCCAGUAACGGGAUAUACCUACGAACCAACAUCUAAACUUGCUCUUGAUGCGUACGUUGAAAGAAUAACUAAUCCCGUUCGUCACAUUGCCAAGGAAGUUCAUAGAAUCUCUCACUAUCCUGAACCAGCUAAAAAAUAUGUCGGCAAAAGUCAUCUCGCAUCUGUCAGGAUUUGCGGCGAUAAAGCAUAUAAUAUUAGAAGGCCAAUGUACGAUUCGGAUAAGGUCCGAACAGACAUAAAUCUUCUAUCAUGGUAUUUAAGAAAACCUCAAGGAAAAAGUGACGAAAAAAAUAAGGAGAAUGAUUCCGUGAAAACAGAUCUUUUUCAACCAUGCCAGCAGGUUUUCAGUCUCCCGCAGCUUUUUGGCCCCAAAAAUCCUGAAUUAGAUCCUUAUCGUCCGUCUCGUAAAUUUGGUGCUCCUGUAUCAUUGGAAGACCCCAUUGGAGAUGAAACUAAAGAAAAGCAACGUCUUCGACAUGAUCGCCUAAUGACUGUUAAUGAGGAGGUUUCAGACGAAAUUCAGUUAGAAAAGAAGAAAGCUCAAGCUCUAGAAUCUCUAGAAAAAAAAUCCAAGGAACAAACUAAGAUAAAGCAAGAUGAGGCAAUUCUUAAAGCAGCCAAAGAUGAUGAACUUAAGGCCGAAAAAGCUCGAUUAGCUGAAGAAGAACGAUUAGCUGAAGAAGCACGAUUAGCAGAAGAAGAACGAUUAGCUGAAGAAGCACGAUCAGCAGAAGAAGCGCGAUUAGCAGAAGAAGCACGAUUAGCUGAAGAAGCCCGAUUAGCUGAAGAAACCCGAUUAGCAGAAGCAGCACGAUUAGCUGAAGAAACACGAUUAGCAGAAGAAGACCGAUUAGCUGAAGAAGCCCGAUUAGCUGAAGAAGCUCGUUUGGCAGAAGAAGCCCGAUUAGCAGAAGAACAGCGUAUUGCUGAAGAAAUUCGUUUGAAGAAAGCUGAAGAAGAUAGGCUAGCUGAAGAAUCACGUAUAGCAGAGGAAGAAGCUCGAAAAGUGGAAGAAGCUCGCUUAGAAGAAGAAAAACGGCAGCGUGAGGAAGAAGUGAUCCGUCUAGCAGAAAUUGAAAAGCAAGCUGUUGAUGAACAGGAGGGAGAGUUGGCACGUCAAGCAGCAGAACUAGCUGAAAUAGCGCGCCAAGAAGCUGAACUUGCGGCACAAGAAUUGCAUGCCAUGCAACAUGAAAACCAAGUAGUUUCGACGGAUUUAGAUGACAUAAGCGGAGUUUCAGUAGAACCCGUCGUAGAACAACCAGAGACUCCUGUCGAAGAAAAUCGUAGAGAACCUAUUAUUGAACUAUCUACUCAAAUAGAUGAACUUUCUUUUGCUGAUGACACUACCGAAGCAGAGGAAGAAGAUGAUGAAGAGGAAUGAAAAGGAUCAAGCAAUACAAAUUCGCACUUAACCUGAAAUUGAAGGAAUAAAAUUUUAAUGAAAAUGUGUUCAAUAUAUUAAUUUUGCUGAAUUUUUGUAGCAGACUUUUUACAAUACAAGGUUCCUCUUUUGUACUACUUACUAAAUGUAUUUCUUAAAAAAAUGUGUUUGUUUUCAAAAUAAUUGAAAGACAUUUUUAAACUUACUGACAAAAAAACUAUCAAAUAAAAUUACUACGCAAUUAUUCGCCUUACAUAUGGAUGUAGUUAUCCUUUAGGAAUUCAAAAUAUUCAAAUUUCCAAUUUACGGAGGGUCAGCGAGACCAUAUAAAAUCUAAUUGCAAACUUAAAUGUGAUGCAUUAAUUAUUCCGGGUAAUAUUGUUUGUGGAUAUAUCGGUUAAAAGCUGGUUGCUGAACAUUCAAUUUGUAAAGCCAAUUAUGUCGAUGUUCAGGACAAAUAAAUAUACAUAUGUACCGAGAGCUGAAGAGGGAAGCGAGACGCAUUUGCAGACAAAAAAAGAAAGAGGCCGAAAUGCGUGAGUAUGAAGAGCUUGACAAGCUGGCUGACAGGGGUAAUGCUCGAAAAUUUUACGAAAAGAUCCGGCGACUAACGGACGGUUUCAAGAUCGGAGCACACUCCUGUAGGACCCCCAGAGGUGAUAUAGUUGUUGAUGACCAGAGUAUACUGUGUUUGUGGAGGGAACACUUCUCCAGCCUAAAUGUAAGUGAAAGUACAACACCAGGAGAUGGCGAACCCGAUUCCCCAAUCGACGACGAUGGAACAGAUGUUCCAUUGCCCGACCGUGCCAUUCCAUUGUCCGGGCUGUUGCCGGCCGAGCUAUUCAAAUACGGCGGCGAAGAGCUAAUAAGGUGCAUGCAUCAGCUUCUUUGCGGAAUUUGGUCGGAAGAAAGCAUGCCCGAUGAUUGGAAUCUCAGUGUACUCUGCCCAAUCCAUAAAAAGGGAGACCCCACAAUCUGCACCAACUAUCGUGGGAUAAGCCUCCUUAACAUCGCUUAUAAGGUUCUAUCGAGCGUACUGUGUGAAAGACUAAAGCCCACCGUCAACAAACUGAUUGGACCUUAUCAGUGUGGCUUUAGACCUGGAAAAUCAACAACUGACCAGAUAUUCACCAUGCGCCAAAUCUUGGAGAAGACCCGUGAAAAGAGGAUCGACACACAGCAUCUAUAUGUUGACUUAAAAGCUGCUUUCGACAGCACGAAAAGGAGGUACCUUUAUGCCGCGAUGUCUGAAUUUUGUAUCCCCGCAAAACUAAUACGGCUGUGUAAAGUGAUGUUGAGCAACACCAUAGGCUCCGUCAGGAUCGGGAAGGACCUCUCCAAGCCGUUCGAUACCAAACGAGGUUUCAGACAAGGUGACUCGCUAUCGUGUGACUUCUUUAACCUGAUGCUGGAAAAAAUACUUCGAACCGCAGAGCUAAACAGAGAAGGUACAAUUUUUUAUAAAAGUGUACAGCUACUGGCUGGAAAAAAUACUUCGAACCGCAGAGCUAAACAAAGAAGGUACAAUUUUUUAUAAAAGUGUACAGCUACUGGCGUACGCCGAUGAUAUCGAUAUCAUUGGAAACAACAAGUUCUGCUUUUUCCCGCCUGGAUAAGGAAGCGAAGCGAGUGGGUCUGGUGAUGAACGAGGACGAGACGAAAUAUCUCCUGUCAUCAAACAAACAGUCAGCGCAUUCGCGUCUUGGCUCCCACGUCACUGUUGAAAGUAAUAACUUUGAAGUUGUAGAUAAUUUCGUAUACAACAUCAACACCGAUAAUAAUGUCAGCCUUGAAAUCCAACGCAGAAUCACUCUUGCCAACAGGUGCUACUAUGGACUGAGUAGGCAAAGUCCUCUCCCAACGAACAAAAACUAAACUCUCCCAACGAACAAAAACAAAAACUAAACUAAAAAACCACUGCGUGGCGCGCUGUUGUGGACUCGGCUAUAACCGCGUAAGCGGUUUCUUCGCCAGUCAAGAAGAAGAAGUUUGUAUGUACAUAUGUACAUAUAAUAUGUAUAUCACAUCCAUAUGUAGCCUACGUACACAUAAUGGUUGUUUGUAAGUCCUAAAACUAAACGAGUUAGAUAUAGAGUCAUGGUAUGGAGUAAAGACGAAAUCCGGAUGUUGUUCUGUCCGUCCGUACAAGCGAUAACUUGAGUACAAAUUGAUUGAGAUAUCUAAAUGAGAAUUGGUACACGAGUUCCUUGGCACCAUAAGAAGGUUGCUUUCAUAGAUGGCCAAAAUCGGACUACUGCCAUGCCCACAAAAUGGCGAAAACCGAAAACUUAUAAAGUGCCAUAACAAAGCCAUAUAUAAAGAUAGGAAAGUAAAAUUUGGUACAAAAGGUCAUAUAUCUCGGAAACCAGUUGUAUCAACACUUCAUUAUAUAGUAGGAAAAGGAAAGAAAUCGGAUUAUAACCACGUCUACCUCCCGUACAGAUGUUAUGGUGAACAUUCAAUAAAGUGCGUUAAUCCAGUCAGAAAAAUACCGGAAACCUCAAAUUUCAAGGUAAAGAUUGUACAGAAGGGAUGCACUUAUGCGUUAAAAACCAUAUCAACCAAUUUCAACGAAUUUCGGUUCACAAUAAUUUCAUGGCAUCCCAAUGUUAAAGUUUGAAAGUGGGCAAAAUGGGUUAACAACCUCAACAACUUUACAAUAUAUACAUUAUACAUAUUACUUUGCAAGCUUUGCACAAAUGCUACAUUUCGUAUCGCAUGCCCCGUAUAAACAUCGAUGAAUUCGAACUAGAACUUUUCAGUGCCUCAGAUAUCGACAUGAGGACUUCAAAGCUUGCGGCUAAUUUUUUAUUGAAAAUCUGUCAGAUAUUUUAAGAAAUUCAAAGAAGAUGUGUUCCUUUUAACAGUCUGUUCCAAAAAUGGGCAAAAUCAGCGCAAUAUUUCCUGUAAACUACAUAUACCAAAUAUACGGAAUUUCAAACUUCCAGUUGACUUACAUUCAGCGUUAUAAGUCUACAUGCAGCUAAUACAAAAAUGUUUCACUAGUUAAUCAAAAAAUAGGGUAUUGACUUCACAAAAAAAUAUGUAAACAUUCCAAAGAAGUUCGGAAACAAUGUUUUUUUUUUCUAUGAAUCAAAGUACUGAAUAUUUGGCAUAAACGGUUGUAAAUUGUUUGGCAGGUGAAGCAUACAACAAAAAUGAACUAUGCCCAACUGUAAAGCACGUAAGUAAGGGUGUGAUGGUUUAGGUUAGAUGGUUUGUUUGCCAACCACUGGCACCGGCAACUUAGAGUUUGUGGAGACAACAAUGGAUAGGCAUAUUAAUUUAGACAUUUUAAGGCAUGAUAUUAGAUCGAGCACUGAAAAUUUAGGUUUGAAAAAUGGGUAUUAUUUCCAACAAAAUAAAGUUCCCAAGAACGGUUCCCGUUUGACUUUUUAUUCUUUUUAGGCAACAAAAGAGAAAUAUAUUUUUCCAAAAAAAAGGAAUAUACAAUCAAUUUUAAUUUUGUUUAUUUUUCAUCUUUCAGGUACACGAGGAUAGGAAUAAUAUAUUAAGAUAUUAGACAUUAAAUUUGGUAUCAAUUUAUACAUUUAACAAAUAUUGGAUAUUCUUCAGGUUUAUGUGCUUAUAUCACACUAAAUAUAUUGAAAGUGUUGUUCCCCGUACUCACCUUGAAUUUCAAUAUUCAUACGUAAAAUGAUUAAUCACUCAAAUGCAUUUAAAUUAUAUUUUCAGAUUCGUUUUACUUUACAGGUUUUUAGAUUAGCGACAAGGUAAGUAUAAAUUCAAUAUAUUUAUUAUCAAGUCUACUUUAUUUACAGAUUUCUUUGAUUGGCGCAAAAAAAGGUAAGACAACUCGGUGUGUAUACACUGCGAAUAUAAUAAGUUUAUAUAGGAUUUCACUCUCGGUUGCGACCACGGACGGCACGAUUUGACUUUGAUGAAACUCGGCAACAGACUGUCUGUGAGCGAUCUUGUAUUGACAUAACAAGGCAAAAAAGGGUAAUCAGCGGGAUCGGUCCUCCUUCCCUUUCGUUCCUUUUGGGGUGGUGUUCUCAUGUGUAGUGUAGGCGUCGUAUAGUGAUGUGGAUGUUAAGUGGUGGUGUGAUAAUGUGGGGAGCGUGGUGAAUGUGCCGUGUCAGUGUUGUGUGUUGGAGUAAAAAUGUGGUGUGAUGGUGUGUUUGGUUGAGGGGGCUAUGACUCAUUUAGACAUCCCGGUCCCCUAGGCGACUAAUUAGCCUAGUAGACGUUGCAGUUGCUGCAAAGUGGCCACCAUAUUGGUGGACGGCGGCGCGUGGAUUCCGGCGUCGACUACAAGAUUGCCGUGGUUGCCUCCAUGCAACAUGGUUCGCCUGUGGGCGUCGGUUCGUACCUGCUCGCGUGAUGCACGGGCAGCGGUUGGUGGCGCUGUGGCUGCAGGGUUUCGAGUAACUGGGGCAUAUCGCUAUCGAUAUUUAGCUGUCAAAAUAGUAUUAAUAUUAUAUGCGUGUUGUAAAUAUUGAUAUGUUAGUUGGUGCUACGUUAUGUAGCACGCGUUGGCCGUCAUGUGGAUCGAGGAUUUAUAAUUUGUUUUGAUAGUUUCAUUAAUUAUUCAUGAUUUAUUUUAUGGGUUUAUUGUUUUCGUUUUAGGUUUCUAUUUUAUCGGCUGUCAUAGCAUAGUUUAACGAGCGGCCCUUCCAUUUUGCGUACGGAAAUCGACUAUGCGAAUAUGACCGGCGCCGUGGUCAAGUUUCUCUAUGCGGCCAAGCCGCCAUUCACAAUCUCCAAGCUUAGGCGCAUUUUCUAGUAUUUUCCACCGGUACCUUCUGUGGAGGUCCUUUAAAUAAUCCUCUUUCCAUCGAAGACUGAAAUCAUGAUGGAAGAUUUUGAUUCUUCACCAUCUGUUUAAAAAGGAAAGCGGCUCCACGCUUGGCUCAGGUGUGACCAGAAUGGGCGCUCCUUUGUGUGAGGGAUGUAAAGUCUGAUGGAUCUUACGAGAGGGUAGCGGGAGGCCGUGAGUUGAGAACGGCUUCAAUUCUUGUUAACAAUGUCGUAAAUUCUUCAUAAUUAAAUUUGUAGGUGCCAGCUAGCUUAGUGAAAUGAGAUUUGAAACUUUUUACAGCUUUUCCUAUAAACCACCCAUGUGUGGAGCGCUUGGGGGGAUAAACUGCCAAUUGGUGCCUUGGGGAGCAUAUUUUUGUAUAAUGUCAGGAGAGACUUGUUUUAUGAAAUCCACAAACUGUAUUUCUGUGGCUCUUUGAGCCCCGAUUAACGUUUUACCAUUAUCGGUCAUGAUUUUUGAUGGAAAGCCACGUCUUCCGACAAAGCGAGCAAAUGCCGCGAGAAAAGCCUCCUUCGUCAGAUUGGUACAUAGCUCAAGGUGCACUGCUUUUGUCGUUAAAAAGAUAAAGACAGCCACAUAGCAUUUCACGAGAGUGGGAGACCUUAGCAUAGACGCCUUUAUUUGAAAAGGCGCAGCAAAUUCGGCACCUGUAGUGGUGAAAGGCAGAGCGUAAUUGCAGCGUUCAGGUGGAAUUGCUGCCAUAAUCUGCGAUGUCGAACCUUUCUUGUGUUUAUUGACGUGUGCCUAUCUUAGCUGCUUCAAAAUAGUGGUCCGAGUCGGUGUUGGGACCACGAAGCCUACGCACAUCAAAAACACUGGAGACAUGUCGUCCAAGUAGCUUGAUGGAAUUCUUAUGCUAGAAUCUAGUACUACAGACGACCAUAUUUCGGGCUCCAGCGAAGUCGAUCAGUCUCAGACCGUUUGGCGAUGUUUCGUCAUGGAGGCUGAAUUUUCCGACUGUUGUGCCAAAGACACCUUCUUUACCCACCCUAGGAUUGAAACCAAGCACGAUUUUGACAUCGUGGCGGGGGCAGCGCUCAUAGGUACGUUCUAGGCGCUCAUAGAAGGUAUCUGCGAUCACUUCGUCCUUCUCUUCCGUCGGGGCGCAAAUCAGCGAUAUGUUGAAGAACCUCGCUUUGAUGCGGAUUGUGGCUAGACGUUCAUACACCGGAGUAAACGUCAGGGCUCGAGACGGAGUCUCUCUCCCACCACGAAUCCCACACCGAAUUUGCGCUCCUUUAUAUGGCCGCUGUAGUAGAUGUCACAAGGACCCACCCACCUUCUUCCGUCCUUGUCCCGUCCAUCGCAUUUCUUUUAUUGCGGUGAUGUCAGCCUUUACUCUUACGAGGACAUCAACCAGCUGGGCAGAGGCACCUUCCCAAUUAAGGGUUCGGACAUUCCAGGUGCAUGCCCUUAAAUCAUAGUCCUUUAUACGUUUGCUGUGGUCGUCAUCGAAAGGGGGGUGCCUCAUCCGAGGCUGUUUCUUCUUAUUCAUUGGUUAUUCGUUUUUAUGUGGUGGGUCCCAAACCCUACCAUAACCGCAUAGGCGGAAUUCGCCUUCUCACUUUAGCUCGCUUCCAGACGGAUAUCUGUUGGCUACCCAGAGGAUACUUGGUCAAAGACCGGAAGUCGUGAGCUGCUUGAGCCACAUGCAAAAGAAUCGUUUCUGGCCACUCCCAAGAGCAUUAAAUCUGGUUGGAGUGAGGGUCCCGUGAAUAGAAUAUCAUUGAGGGAAUUCCCCGAGCUAGUGGCUUUUGAGGCAUUGAACACAACUCUAACUUUUGUUGUUUUUUUGUCUGGCUUCACUACUGCAUGAUGUGGCAAGUAGAAUGAGUGGUAAUCUAAGCGAGUGUGGAAAAUUGUUGUUUUCGUGGCAGUCGUACGACGUACCGACCGUUUUCUGAUCUUGUAGUUGUGGCUUUGUAAAAGUCUUCACAAUACUGAUCUUCUGGUGUUGUAAUCGAUAUGGAGUGGAGUUCUUCUAACUCCCAAUAUUUCUUCAACUUCAGUUGUCAAGGUGUUAACUGUUUCGGUAACUAGUCCACUUAGUAUCCUCUUAGCGCUUAUCCACUUAGGGGGAAAUGAGGGUAAUGUGGGAGAAUUUAUUAGAGUUCUUUAUAACUUUUCCACUCAUUCCCGUAACUUCAAAUUUUGCUUGCUUCGUUGGCAGUUUUAGUUUAUUUUGUGCCUUAGACGCUAUGAAUGAUCAUUGUGAUCCUUGGUCUAUCAAGGCCCUAUGUUUGAACAGUUCUCCUAGGUGUUCGAUGGAGACGACUGCUGUGGGUAGUAAUACCCUACUUUGGCUUUGGCUGUGCUGUCUCUUUUGAUAAUAAACACAGUUGAAUUUGCUUUCGCAAUUAUUUGGAUUAUGUGCAUGGGACAAGCAGUUUGUACAGAUUCGUUUUGAUCUGACAAAGUUGUUCCUUUCGUUAAUAUUUAAUUUUUUAAUAUUCCUCCCUCCGUUGCAUACUACAGUGAUCCCCGCUUAAGUGCCCCUCCGUUUAAGUGCCUUUCCCGCUUAAGUAACCAUAUUUUGCGGCAUCGUUAUUUUUCUCUCAAUUUACAUAUAAAAUUGCCCUCUUAGCCUCCGUUUAAAUGCCUUUCCCGCUUAAAUGCCUGCAAUAUUUAAGCCAGAAAACAAAAUUGUUUGCAAAUUUCCUCUUUUAAGUGCCUUUUAAUAUUUUUGACAUAGAAUGCGCUGAGUAUUGUCAAAAGUAAAACAUCUACAUAGUUUUUUCCAUAUUUAUUGUUAUUAGAAAGUAUUUUUGUUAUUAAUUAGAAAUAAGUGUACUUUUCAUUCUAAAAGAAAAAAUAUUAGUUCGAUAUAUUUGGGAAAAGGCUUGGUAAGUACCUCGAGGCACUUAAGCGGAAUUCAUUUAAGUGCCUUUCCCUCUUAAGUGUCUCAAAGCUCGUGCUCGCUCGUUCAAGGUAAAGAUUGUACAGAAGGGAUGCACUUAUGCGUUAAAAACCAUAUCAACCAAUUUCAACGAAUUUCGGUUCACAAUAAUUUUAUGGCAUCCCAAUGUUAAAGUUUGAAAGUUGGCAAAAUGGGUUAACAACCUCAACAACUUUACAAUAUAUACAUUAUACAUAUUACUUUGCAAGCUUUGCACAAAUUCUACAUUUCGUAUCGGCUAAUUUUUUAUUGAAAAUCUGUCAGAUAUUUUAAGAAAUUCAAAGAAGAUGUGUUCCUUUUAACAGUCUGUUCCAAAAAUGGGCAAAAUCAGCGCAAUAUUUCCUGUAAACUACGUAUACCAAAUAUACGGAAUUUCAAACUUCCAGUUGACUUACAUUCAGCGUUAUAAGUCUACAUGCAGCUAAUACAAAAAUGUUUCACUAGUUAAUCAAAAAAUAGGGUAUUGACUUCACAAAAAAAUAUGUAAACAUUCCAAAGAAGUUCGGAAACAAUGUUUUUUUUUCCUAUGAAUCAAAGUACUGAAUAGUUCAUACAACAAAAAUGAACUAUGUCCAACUGUAAAGCACUUAGGUGGGGGUUUGAUGGUUUAGGUUAGAUGGUUUGUUUGCCAACCACUGGCACCGGCAACUUAGAGUUUGUGGAGACAACAAUGGAUAGGCAUAUUAAUUUAGACAUUUUAAAGCAUGAUAUUAGAUCGAGCACUGAAAAUUUAGGUUUGAAAAAUGGGUAUUAUUUCCAACAAAAUAAAGAUCCCAAGAACGGUUCCCGUUUGACUUUUUAUUCUUUUUAGGCAACAAAAGAGAAAUAUAUUUUUCCAAAAAAAAAAGGAAUAUACAAUCAAUUUUAAUUUUGUUUAUUUUUCAUCUUUCAGGUACAUGAGGAUAUGGUAUCAUUUUAUACAUUUAACAAAUAUUGGAUAUUCUUCAGGUUUAUGUGCUUAUAUCACACUAAAUAUAUUGAAAGUGUUGUUCCCCGUACUCACCUUGAAUUUCAAUAUUCAUACGUAAAAUGAUUAAUCACUCAAAUGCAUUUAAAUUAUAUUUUCAGAUUCGUUUUACUUUACAGGUUUUUAGAUUAGCGACAAGGUAAGUAUAAAUUCAAUAUAUUUAUUAUCAAGUCUACUUUAUUUACAGAUUUCUUUGAUUGGCGCAAAAAAAGGUAAGACAACUCGGUGUGUAUAUACUGCGAAUAUAAUAAGUUUAUAUAGGAUUUCACUCUCGGUUGCGACCACGGACGGCACGAUUUGACUUUGAUGAAACUCGGCAACAGACUGUCUGUGAGCGAUCUUGUAUUGACAUAACAAGGCAAAAAAGGGUAAUCAGCGGGAUCGCUCCUCCCUCCCUUUCGUUCCUUUUGGGGUGGUGUUCUCAUGUGUAGUGUAGGCGUCGUAUAGUGAUGUGGAUGUUAAGUGGUGGUGUGAUGAUGUGGGGAGCGUGGUGAAUGUGCCGUGUCAGUGUUGUGUGUUGGAGUAAAAAUGUGGUGUGAUGGUGUGUUUGGUUGAGGGGGCUAUGACUCAUUUAGACAUCCCGGUCCCCUAGGCGACUAAUUAGCCUAGUAGACGUUGCAGUUGCUGCAAAGUGGCCACCAUAUUGGUGGACGGCGGCGCGUGGAUUCCGGCGUCGACUACAAGAUUGCCCGCGUGAUGCACGGGCAGCGGUUGGUGGCGCUGUGGCUGCAGGGUUUUGAGUAACUGGGGCAUAUCGCUAUCGAUAUUUAGCUGUCAAAAUAGUAUUAAUAUUAUAUGCGUGUUGUAAAUAUUGAUAUGUUAGUUGGUUCUACGUUAUGUAGCACGCGUUGGCCGUCAUGUGGAUCGAGGAUUUAUAAUUUGUUUUGAUAGUUUCAUUAAUUAUUUAUGAUUUAUUUUAUGGGUUUAUUGUUUUCGUUUUAGGUUUCUAUUUUAUCGGCUGUCAUAGCAUAGUUUAACGAGCGGCCCUUCCAUUUUGCGUACGGAAAUCGACUAUGCGAAUAUGACCGGCGCCGUGGUCAAGUUUCUCUAUGCGGCCAAGCCGCCAUUCACAAUCUCCAAGCUUAGGCGCAUUUUCUAGUAUUUUCCACCGGUACCUUCUGUGGAGGUCCUUUAAAUAAUCCUCUUUCCAUCGAAGACUGAAAUCAUGAUGGAAGAUUUUGAUUCUUCACCAUCUGUUUAAAAAGGAAAGCGGCUCCACGCUUGGCUCAGGUGUGACCAGAAUGGGCGCUCCUUUGUGUGAGGGAUGUAAAGUCUGAUGGAUCUUACGAGAGGGUAGCGAGAGGCCGUGAGUUGAGAACGGCUUCAAUUCUUGUUAACAAUGUCGUAAAUUCUUCAUAAUUAAAUUUGUAAGUGCCAGCUAGCUUAGUGAAAUGAGAUUUGAAGCUUUUUACAGCUUUUCCUAUAAACCACCCAUGUGUGGAGCGCUUGGGGGGAUAAACUGCCAAUUGGUGCCUUGGGGAGCAUAUUUUUGUAUAAUGUCAGGAGAGACUUGUUUUAUGAAAUCCACAAACUGUAUUUCUGUGGCUCUUUGAGCCCCGAUUACCGUUUUACCAUUAUCUCUCAUGAUUUUUGAUGGAAAGCCACGUCUUCCGACAAAGCGAGCAAAUGCCGCGAGAAAAGCCUCCUUCGUCAGAUUGGUACAUAGCUCAAGGUGCACUGCUUUUGUCGUUAAAAAGAUAAAGACAGCCACAUAGCAUUUCACGAGAGUGGGAGACCUUAGCAUAGACGCCUUUAUUUGAAAAGGCCCAGCAAAGUCGGCACCUGUAGUGGUGAAAGGCAGAGCGUAAUUGCAGCGUUCAGGUGGAAUUGCUGCCAAAUCUGCGAUGUCGAAACUUUCUUGUGUUUAUUGACGUGUGCGCUUUUCUACACAGAGGUGGCUGCCUAUCUUAGCUGAUUCAAAAUAGUGGUCCGAGUCGGUGUUGGGACCACGAAGCGUACGCACAUCAAAAACACUGGAGACAUGUCGUCCAAGUAGCUUGAUGGAAUUCUUAUGCUAGAAUCUAGUACUACAGACGACCAUAUUUCGGGCUCCAGCGAAGUCGAUCAGUCUCAGACCGUUUGGCGAUGUUUCGUCAUGGAUGCUGAAUUUUCCGACUGUUGUGCCACAGACACCUUCUUUACCCACCCUAGGAUUGAAAUCGCCAAGCACGAUUUUGAAAUCGUGGCGGGGGCAGCGCUCAUAGGUACGUUCUAGGCGCUCAUAGAAGGUAUCUGCGAUCACUUCGUCCUUCUCUUCCGUCGGGGCGCAAUUCAGCGAUAUGUUGAAGAACCUCGCUUUGAUCCGGAUUGUGGCUAGACGUUCAUACACCGGAGUAAAUGUCAGGGCUCGAGACGGAGUCUCUCUCCCACCACGAAUCCCACACCGAAUUUGCGCUCCUUUAUAUGGCCGCUGUAGUAGAUGUCACAAGGACCCACCCACCUUCUUCCGUCCUUGUCCCGUCCAUCGCAUUUCUUUUAUUGCGGUGAUGUCAGCCUUUACUCUUACGAGGACAUCAACCAGCUGGGCAGAGGCACCUUCCCAAUUAAGGGUUCGGACAUUCCAGGUGCAUGCCCUUAAAUCAUAGUCCUUUAUACGUUUGCUGUGGUCGUCAUCGAAAGGGGGGUGCCUCAUCCGAGGCUGUUUCUUCUUAUUCAUUGGUUAUUCGUUUUUAUGUGGUGGGUCCCAAACCCUACCAUAACCGCAUAGGCGGAAUUCGCCUUCUCACUUUAGCUCGCUUCCAGACGGAUAUCUGUUGGCUACCCAGAGGAUACUUGGUCAAAGACCGGAAGUCGUGAGCUGCUUGAGCCACAUGCAAAAGAAUCGUUUCUGGCCACUCCCAAGAGCAUUAAAUCUGGUUGGAGUGGGGGUCCCGUGAAUAGAAUAGCUAGUGGCUUUUGAGGCAUUGAAAACAACUCUAACUUUUGUUGUUUUUUUGUCUGGCUUCACUACUGCAUGAUGUGGCAAGUAGAAUGAGUGGUAACCUAAGCGAGUGUGGAGAAUUGUUGUUUUCGUGGCAGUCGUACGACGUACCGACCGUUUUCUGAUCUUGUAGGUGUGGCUUUGUAAAAGUCUUCACAAUACUGAUCUUCUGGUGUUGUAAUCGAUAUGGAGGGGAGUUCUUCUAACUCCCAAUAUUUCUUCAACUUCAGUUGUCAAGGUGUUAACUGUUUCGGUAACUAGUCCACUUAGUAUCCUCUUAGCGCUUAUCCACUUAGAGGGAAAUGAGGGUAAUGUGGGAGAAUUUAUUAGAGUUCUUUAUAACUUUUCCACUCAUUUCCGUAACUUCAAAUUUUGCUUGCUUCGUUGGCAGUUUUAGUUUAUUUUGUGCCUUAGACGCUAUGAAUGAUCAUUGUGAUCCUUGGUCUAUCAAGGCCCUAUGUUUGAACAGUUCUCCUAGGUGUUCGAUGGAGACGACUGCUGUGGGUAGUAAUACCCUACUUUGGCUUUGGCUGUGCUGUCUCUUUUGAUAAUAAACACAGUUGAAUUUGAUUUCGCAAUUAUUUGGAUUAUGUGCAUGGGACAAGCAGUUUGUACAGAUUCGUUUUGAUCUGACAAAGUUGUUCCUUUCGUUAAUAUUUAAUUUUUUAAUCUUCCUCCCUCCGUUGCAGACUACAGUGAUCCCCGCUUAAGUGCCCCUCCGUUUAAGUGCCUUUCCCGCUUAAGUAACCAUAUUUUGCGGCAUCGUUAUUUUUUCUCUCAAUUUACAUAUAAAAUUGCCCUCUUAGCCUCCGUUUAAAUGCCUUUCCCGCUUAAAUGCCUGCAAUAUUUAAGCCAGAAAAACAAAAUUGUUUGCAAAUUUCCUCUUUUAAGUGCCUUUUAAUAUUUUUGACAUAUUUAGAAUGCGCUGAGUAUUGUCAAAAGUAAAACAUCUACAUAGUUUUUUCCAUAUUUAUUGUUAUUAGAAAGUAUUUUUGUUAUUAAUAAGAAAUAAGUGUACUUUUCAUUCUAAAAGAAAAAAUAUUAGUUCGAUAUAUUUUGGAAAAGGCUUGGUAAGUACCUCGAGGCACUUAAGCGGGAUUCAUUUAAGUGCCUUUCCCUCUUAAGUGUCUCAAAGCUCGUGCAUGUUAAAAGGGGGCACUUAAGCGGGGAUUACUGUAUUGUGGUUUGAAGAAGCUUCUGUUCAGAUUGUUGUUGCUAUUGACUCUUCUGUUUAGGUCGUAUUUAACGUUUUUAGUUCUCACUAUUUUUUAUAUCACAACAAUAUCAAUUUCAACUACCCAAAGUUAUGAAAUCUUUCAUUUGUUGCCACGUAAAAUAACGGUUUAUCUGUUAAUACUGCGGUGCGUAUAUUAACCAGAAUGGUGUCCCAAUUGUGUGUAGAAAUAUUUAGUGUCAAUAGAACCGACAAACAGUUUGAAACAGUGGAUUCUUGUUUUAAGAUUUUUUCACUUGUUUCUUUUUGAAUUUUAGGCAAAUUCAUCAAUAUCGUCACUUGUUUAUCGACCAAUAUUCUUUCGUUUUCGUAUUUUGCUUUUAGAGCUUCCCAAGCCAAAUUGAAAUUGCCGUCAUAUAGAGCGAACUGUUUAACUAUUACACCUGCUCACCACGCCUGACCAUCAGUUUUGUAUCUGAGGUGAUACAAUUUUUGCGCUUGUGAUAAUUUUGGAUGGCUUAUGUACACGGCGAUAAACUUGUCCCGGAAGGACGGCUAUUGUUCAUAAUCUCCAUGAAACAUUUCUGUAUCGCAUGCUGGCACUUUGAGGUGAAUGCCUGAACUUGCCUCUGGGCCUUGUAAUUGUGUCAGUUCUACUUUUCUGCCGAUUCAGAAUUGUCUUGAAUCGACGAGAUGCAAAUCGAGUGCAGUAUCUUAUUAGGCAGUCACUCUCAGAAAUGAAUUUAUAGUGUCUUUAUGAAUUUAUUAGAUAUGUCUUUCCAACUUUUUGUAGCAUCUUGCUUAGAGAGUGUAGCUUCUGCCGGUGUCGUCAGAUAACAUUUUAGGGAUUUUUAAAAAUUGUAGCUUUUGAGUGCUCAUUUAGAAGGUGUUAAAUGUUAAAAUAUAUGUUUCAGUGUAAACUGAUAUAGAUAAUAUACCGAAAACUGGCACAAUUGUGGCAAGCAAUGCCGACCACUGUUUGCAACGAACAAUAAUUAAGCAUAUUCAGAAACGGGCACCACCACAAUCAAACGAGCAUCACAAAAUGAGAUUGUGUUACAGCACUUACUGUGGGACCAAGCGUCAAUAAAUAAAAAAUAAAAACCGGCCGAUAUUACAAGCUUACGCGCAUUUUAUUAAUUUAUUCACAUAGAAAAACCUUAUUUACAAACGUGCACAUAUUCGUAUUGUGCAAUCGUGUGGCAUAGACCUACUCGCUUAACCUCUGCAAGCAGACGGAAUAUUUUUGAUCGCUGAUGUGCUGAACACAUAGAAGACGACAAGCAACGAGCGACAUCUGAGAAAUAUUAAAAUACACGCGUUCUUAUGGGCAUAGAUUUUUUGACAACAGCACGACUACGCGACAACAGGCUUGUAGUUGUUGUUGCCGCUAAAUUAAAAAUGUUUCUAAUUUUGUCGACGACAAUGGGCAGCUGUAGAAUUGCCACUAAUAUGUGAAAUGUAAAAUUAUUAAAAGUUAUACCAAAUAUGACGUUAUUUUGCCAAUUAAAAUUUUAUAUUUCAGAAUUAACUAUGGAUUUCGAUGAAGCGUUAAUAGAAGAAGUGCGUCAUCCCCACUUUUAAAAGAUCAUGGUGAUGGUGAUUAUAAAAAUUUGCGAAAGAAGGACCACGCGUGGAGGGAAGUCGGAGUCGAAAUUGGGUGAAAUGGAGGGCAAGAAAAGGUGGAAGAGCCUUCGUGACUGUUAUAAAAGAUGCAGGCGAAUGUAGCAGGUCCCUUCUGGAAGUGGUGCCGAGGCGAACAGAAAAAAGUGAAAAUAUUUGGAAGCGAUGUCUUUUUUGGGGAGUGCCACAACUUCCAGGCGAACUAUUAGCAAUGUCAGUUAUGAAGUGGAAUAUCUCGAGGAGAGUGACAUUGUUAUAAUUGACGACUCCCAGGAUCAAUCAGUACCAGAAAUCAGAAAUGCAGAUUCUGAUGGAAAUCGACGAAAG